GCCCCGUCACGGCCAAUAGCGGCGCCGGGGCGCGUCACGUGGGCGUGCGGGCGCCGCCGCGAGGGGCCGGCGGGGCGGUGGGCGCUCACAGGGCGCCGGGCCGCAGCCAUGUUCGGGGCUCUGGGGCGCUGCUUCGAGGAGGACCCGUUCUUCCGCGAUCCCUUUGCCGCGCACCAUGAGUACAUGCGGCAGGUGAUGAGAAGCUUUCCCGACCCUUUUGGCCGAGAUCCAUUUCUCAGUCUAACAGAUGGCAGGGAGAGAGCAGCGGAUCGAAGAGCGCGCCAGGAUUCUCCGGUUGCUCUGAGAGGAAAUCGCAGACACGAUGCAGAUUUCGGGGAUCCUUUUUUUGCGAUGGACAGAAUGAUGUCAAAUAUGAGAAACAGCAUGCUGGAGAUGCAAAGAAAAUUUGAUGACCUGUCUGUCCAUCCAGAUGUGCACACCUUCAGCUCCUCCUCUGUGAUGACAUAUUCCAAAGUAGGGGAUGAACCUCCCAAAGUUUUCCAAGCUUCAGCUCAGACACGCACAGCUCCAGGAGGUGUUAAGGAAACAAGAAAAGCGCUUAAGGAUUCGGAAAGCGGAGUGGAAAAAAUGGCUGUUGGUCAUCACAUUCGUGAUCGUGCCCACGUCGUGAAAAAAUCAAAGAACAGGAAGACUGGAGAUGAAGAAAUGAACCAGGAGUUCAUCAACUUGGAUGAAACUGAGGCCCAGUCCUUCGAUGAGGAGUGGCAGAAAGAGAUUUCCAAGUUCAAGCCAUCGAGAAGCAGGUGCAAUUUAGAAGCUCCAAAAUACAGUGGCAUUCAGCACAUACGUAAGGAAGAUGGACUGGGAAGAGAGAAACCACUCGCAUCUGUGGGCUUCAGGGGACCCAGAGUUUCCAUGGAGAACGACCUCAGUGUGAAAGGAACACACGUCCCCAUCAAAAGCAGCAAAAAAUAGUCCAUCUGGAUGGAGUUCGUUCAGAAAAAACAAUGGUGCUGCACUGCUUAUGUUAAUAUAAGUAUACACGUACAUAUGACCAAUCUGUCCUUUGUUUUUAGUGUUAGUGUGCCUUGCUACUCUAAUCUUUUGACUACUGAAUGUUGUAUAAAACUUCAGAUCCUAGAUUAAGCCAUUUUAAAAAGAAAGACACAAAAACAAAAAAGCAACAAAAAAACCCCUGUCCACUUAAAAGCACUUUAAUGGUUUAUCACUAAUUCUAUUUAAAAACAUAUGCUUUGGGUAGCCAAGUCUUUUUUCCCACCACAAUUGCACCAGUCUCAAACUGUCUAUUAAGCCCAAUGAAACUACCUUUUCCCCUCACACUGUAUAAUUUGCACAGAAAGUAAAUUCUCCUCCUAUUUUGUGUGGCCACAAUUAUUAUUUGUUUUGGUGAUGCAACAAUCAAUAGGAAUUUCAGAACACUGUAGGCACUGCAUAUACAGAUUUAAAAUCAUACUCUAAAUUGGUAUAGAAUUCCCAGAUUGUCUUGAUUUUUAAAAUGAAGAAGAGUAUGAGGAAUACUAAAAUGGCAAAUACUUCUUCAAAUGUUAGUUUAUUGGCAUUCUUAUAUUUAUAAAUUGGGCCUCAUUCUCUGUCCCUAGGCUGUUAUUCUUUUAUUUCUGAUCUUUUGUUUCUUUUGGAUGUGGUGCAUUAUUUUUCAUUCCUGAAGAUUCUCUGUAGUGAUUUUCAAUUAUUCUAUGAUAAUUCUCAGAUGUAACUGUCACUUCUUAAUUGGAAAAAUGUGGGAGAAAUGGUUCAGCAGACAGCAGUUUAACUGGAUAAUGGCUGCACCACUUCUUCUGUUCCAAAAAGCUUAAAUAUCCCUCCAUACAGGAAACCAUUUUGUGCCUCAGCUGAGGCGAGCUCCGUGUUGUUUUCUGCUAAAAUCUAACACUUGGUUUCCUUUGGUACUUCUUUCAUUAUUGUUUGGUGAAAGAGUCUGGUGUUUGUGAGGAAAGGAACCUGUGACUGAGAACUGGAAAUGUCUUUGUAUUAGAAGUGUUAAGUUUGUGUGCUGUCUUCUUACUUGGAACUGAUCUCAUGUUGUAGAGGAAAUAAUUUCUGUAGACUGUAGCAUAUAAACCCUAGUGUAAAUGCUAUAAACUGAAGGCUAAGACAGCAUAGCCUUCAAAAAAGACACUAUUUAUAUGAUAAAAGAAAAAUAAGUUUAAUAUUCAUACAACUGAAAAGGCAACAAGCUGUAAGUUUAAUCUGAGGAAUCUACAGGAAGGUAUGCUUUGUUUAUUAACCUGCAAAAAUUAGAAAAAAAAUAAAGAAAAAGACAUCUGAAGGGCAAUUGUCACUGACGUUGCUGAAAUUUCCCAGUGAUAAACAACAGAAGACAUUACCACACUGUAACUUAAGAGUCUUUGAUUUGAGAGGUGCCGCUAGUUCACAGAGCGUUCCUCUGUCCAUCAUCUGACCACUUACAUUUUUGCCUGUGCUACUGGAGUGGGUGAACAUACACAUAACUGAGAAAACUGGUUGUAAAAACGUAGUGGAAAGAGGCAAAUGUGGAUGAUUGAGCACUUUGUUAUGCACAACGAUGUUAAAAUGCGAUGCAACAAAUGGUUCUGCACAGGAACACCUGGAACUUUAAUUCUUUAAUAAAGAGCUAUUUAUUAUUUA